AUGGCCCCUCCGAAGGAAUCACCAGCCAACUCCCCAAUUACCUCUAGAGUGAAUACACGAAGCCGGAAAGGAAAAGAGAAAGUUCCUACCUUAACAGAUCCUUUCGCUCGUUCUGGAGCACUACCACGAUCUCCUCCACAACUAGAAGAGCAAGAACCACCAUCCUUAUCCGACGAAGACCCUAAUGAUUCCGAAUUACCAGGACCACAUCCCUUACCUCAAUAUUCUGCUACGGAAGCUUCCCAGCCCAUCCCCUCAGAUGCCUCAAUGCAACUCGAGCUACGCAAUCAGAUAUUGGAGCUCCAAAACGAAUUACGUCGACGAGAUGAAGCGGACCGAUUACGAAUAGCAAAAGGACCAUUUCCACCAAUCGUUCCUCCCGAAGAAACAGGACCACGCGCUAGGAAACACAGCCCCUUCCACCCCACUCCCGCGAGUGCAGGGCACGACCCGGAUUACCCCGAGAACCAGGCCCUUCCCUCAAUUGAAAAAACGCCUGCACCCGAUCCCCGCCGCCCCAUAUCAAUUCCCUUGUUAUCAAAACGGAAAGUUGAUUUCUCCGGUGGUCCAGGAAGAGAGACCCCCCAGGUUCAAGCUGUACGACAACAAUCAUUGCUAAAUCCCCCUGCCUCAUAUUAUCCAGAGAGACGCAUUCCCAAUCUUUCAUCUAAACUCUCGGAUGGGAAGGCUCCUAAUAUCCGUAUACGUGCUUGGGAGAAGAUGAUCCUAGGCCACCUUCUCGAUUACCACCAUGAUUUCCGAUCAGAGAACGCACGCCGUACAUGGGUAUUCAAUCAGACCGAAGAUCGAGCCAUGACCCUGCUCGAAGGUAUUUACUUGGAUGAUGAUUACGAUGCAUAUGCACUAGUGGAUCAUGUCGUCGCUAUCCUUACAGACCCAGCUGAGGUUGCUACCGCCAAUAUUGAAUACAACGCUUUGCGUAUGUCUUCAAAAGAACACUUUUGGGAGUUCUAUAGUAGAUUUCGAGAUGUUGCUACUCGUGCCGCCAUUACUGACGAUGAACGAUUGAAGAACGAUCUCUUUGAUAAGACCCAAUAUCGUUUAGUACACGACAACAAACAAGAAUUCCAUCAAGCACGCACAGUCGGAGAAUAUGCUAGAGCCCUGCAGAACUCUGAUAUCGCACAACAACGACUUGAUGCCCGGCCCAAUUAUCAGAGGGCCAAAGCCCCAACUCUUGGCACUCGGAACCCUGGAACCACACUCCGCUCCGAUCAACAACAAUCCAGAACCUCCGGAUUUGUCCGUUCGCCUCCUGCUUCAUCGGCCGCCCGAGGAAAUAUCCCUCCGAAUGCUGUCCUGCCUAAGCACGGCACAUUCAACACCCCUAAUAUCCAAUCCAAUCGACAACCUUCUGCCUCUCGCGAGACCAAUGUAGUAAGCUUCAACGAAGUCGAUGAGGUCGCCCUUCUCGAUGCCCAUGAGGACUAUAGACUCGAUUUACGCACCCUUCUUGGAGGUCCCCAUAUCACAGUACCUAUCAUGUUGGUACGUGAUGGGAUCGCAGUAAAAUUCGAUGCCCUGAUCGAUUCUGGAGCAAAUGGUUAUGCUUUCAUGGAUCCAGCUACGGUUAAACAUCUGGACCUCCUCUCAAAAGCAAAAACGCGCAAGCUUCCCAAACCUCUAUCUGUUAAAGGAUACGAUGGCACUAUUGGGAAAUAUGAUAUUUCUUUUGUUAGUUAUUUUGAUUUACAUAUAGACAAGCGUAUACAACGCAAAACCCCUUUUUUGAUACUUCCACUUGGAAGUCAUCGUAUUAUUCUCGGACGCCAAUGGUUAGCUUACCAUGACAUCUGGUUGAACUGUCGCCGACGACAAUUCAGGUGGCCUGAAAGCACCCCCCCUUCAGUUUCUUUUUCGCGAUAUAUCACUAUUCCUCGAAACUCUCUCCCUAUCCAGAAAACUAUCAAUCGUUAUCACCAAUACGAUGCCGAUCGAAGGGAUCGGAAGUUUGGAAAGGAUAUCGCAGCUCCAAAGAUCAAUUUGGUUGAAUCUUUCGACCAAAUCGACCAAAUCGAACAAUCCGAUCCAAUUGAACCCACUCCAUUGAUUGAUCCCCAGCUGAGCCAACCAGAUCACAAUGAUACCAUUGCUUUAGAAACAUUGGCCCCAACCAUUUCAUCAAAGCGAGGGAAUACCCACGAGAAGUCUUUAAAUAGAGAUAUUGUUCGAAUGAAUAAACUGUUGAAAAGCCCUGAGACUCCGCCUAAGCCCACUCAACCUUAUCCUCGGAAACCACGUUUAACUUACCCUAUUUCAUCAUGGGAUACCCCUUCAAUAUUGGAUAUCGCUGCAAUCGAUGCACAUAUCUUUAAUCGAUAUCUUUUAAAAUCUACAGAAAAGGAUCAGUUAUUUACAUGUACCUAUCAUGAGGUUGAGACCCUCCUCGAUCAACGCUAUGAGGAACAAGAUCGCCAUAAUGAACUUGCUACCUUUGAACAAGCCCUUAAACGCUCUUCCAAAGAACGUAGCACGAAAGCCUUAGCCCUCCUAGCUAUGUUAGAACCCGAUGAACCUCCGCUUCCUGAUAAAUAUCACGAAUUCGAAGAUGUUUUCAGCAAACAAGAGUCGGAUAUCCUACCACCUCAUCGCUCUUACGAUCAUUCGAUCAAAUUGGAAGAUAGAGCUGAGGAAUCUUUAACCUAUUCUCCACUAUACAAAAUGUCUAUUGAGGAAUUAGAGGUUGUCAAAAGAUAUCUGACCGAUAAUCUGUCUAAAGGAUUCAUCGAGCCAAGCCAAGCUCCCUUCGCUGCUCCUGUCCUCUUCGUUAAGAAAUCUAAUGGAAGUUUAAGAUUUUGUAUCGACUACCGCAAGCUCAAUGCUCUCACUCGCAAGGAUCGUUAUCCUCUCCCUUUGAUCGACGAGACCCUGGCGCGCCUCCAAGGUGCCAAAAUUUACACCAAGCUUGAUAUUCGCCAAGCUUUCCACCGCAUCCGUAUGGAUCCAGCAUCGGAAGAGUAUACUACCUUUCGUACUCGAUACGGAGCAUACAAAUGCAAAGUUCUACCAUUUGGUCUUACCAAUGGUCCUGCCACCUACCAACGCUAUAUGAAUGAUAUUCUUUUCGAUUACCUCGAUGAUUUCUGUACAGCAUAUCUCGACGAUAUUCUCAUCUAUUCUGAGGAUCCCUCGGAACAUGAUACUCAUGUCCGUAAGGUUCUGCAACGACUUCGAGAUGCUGGCCUUCAGGCAGACCUCAAGAAAUCCGAAUUCGAUGUCACCAAGACUAAGUACUUGGGGUUCAUCAUCUCUACUACCGGUAUUGAAGUUGAUCCUGAUAAGGUUGCUAUCGUGAAGGAAUGGCAAUACCCUUCCACUCUGAAAGGUGUACAAUCCUUCUUAGGAUUCUGCAAUUUCUAUCGAAGAUUCAUUCCUAGCUAUGGAGUGAUAGCUUCACCCUUGACCCAUCUAACCAAGACAAAUGUCCCUUUUUCUUUCAAUCAGGAAUGCAAAGAAGCCUUCAAUACUUUACGAGGUCUCCUCACCACUGCUCCCAUACUCCGACAUUACGAUUACAAGCUUGAAAGCAUGCUCGAAACCGAUGCUUCCGAUGGAGUAAUCGCCGCUGUUCUAUCACAAAAGCAUGAUGAUCACUGGUUCCCCGUAGCCUAUUUCUCGAAGACCAUGCUUCCUGCAGAACUUAAUUAUCCUGUCCAUGAUAAAGAACUUACCGCUAUCGCAAAGUCUUUUGGUCAUUGGAGAGCCGAACUCAUAGGAUCCCCUUUUCAGGUAAAGGUCUAUACUGAUCAUAAAGCUUUGGAGUACUUUAUGACCUCCAAACAAUUGAAUAGCCGACAAGCUCGUGUUGCCGAACUCCUUGCCGACUUCAAUUUCCUCAUCAUGUAUCGCCCUGGCAAAGAAAACCCUCUGGCUGAUGCGCUCUCCCGCCGUGAGGAUGAUAUCCAAGCCACCAAUCACCAAAAGAAGGAACAACGCGCUCAACAGUUGUUUAGACCUGAUCAACUAGAUCCCAACAUCCUCCGCCAGGCAAAGGAAGCUCCUAUUCUGGCACCUCUCGAACGAGCCAAGCCAUUCUUCACAGUAAUCGACAGAAUCUUAGAAGCUAACCGCAAUUCAACUAGCCUCACCGCUAUGCGCAGAGAAGCUAUUCGUGCCUCUGAGGAUCCCAAUCGAAGAUCCCCACUCACUAUUGAGAAUGGUUUACUCCUUCAUAAGGGAAGAGUAGUUAUCCCCUCUACUGACAAUCUACACACCUAUCUCAUCCGCGAAGUCCAUGCUCAACCUACCACUGCCCACCCAAAUGCUGAGAAAACCUCAUUACUCAUUUCCGAGCAUUAUUAUUGGAAAGGAUUUCGAGACGAUGUUGCUAGAUACGUCAGGAAUUGUGAUCUAUGCCGACGUUCCAAAGUCCCGCGGGAUAAAAAGCCUGGACUCUUGAAGCCCCUUAGUAUUCCUCAACGCCCUUGGGAACAUAUCACAAUGGACUUCUGUAGCUUCAAUAAAGACAAGUAUGGGUAUGACAAUAUUCUGGUUGUUAUCGAUAGGCUCAGCAAGCAAGCUAUCUCUAUUCCUUGUACUAAGGAGUGCUCAGAGAAAGAAUUCGCCGAGCUAUUCAUAUAUCAUGUUUAUCGUUACUACGGUCCUCCUUCCUCAAUCUUAUCCGACAGAGGUACCCAAUUCGUCAGUCAAUUCUGGCACGAGCUCUCCUCUAUCUUGAAAAUCAAGCUAGUACAUUCUUCUACUGACCAUCCCGCUACUGAUGGGCAAACGGAGAUCUACAAUCAAUACUUGCAACGACGUCUUCGCCCAUUCGUGAAUUAUUAUCAAGAUAACUGGUCAAAGUUGCUCCCAUUGAUGGAUUACGCUCAGCUCACUCUGCCUCAUGAUACCCUCAGCAAGAUGACCCCCUUUGAAGUGCUCUAUGGAUACAAGCCUCGCAUCGAUUGGGAUUGGAAAGAACAUAAUUCCAAUCCUACAGACAAAAUUAACGUUGAACAAGCCCACGAAUUCGCUACGCGUGCCCAUAAUGCUUGGGAUUUCGCCCGACAGCAAAUUCAGCGCGCUCAAGAUCGGAUGGCUAAACAGCACAAUAAACACCGCCGUACUCCCGACUUUAGGGUAGGAGAUACAGUGUGGUUGGACUCCCGAUAUUACAAGACCCAGCGCCCCUCUCGGAAGUUGGAUUUCCCCAAUUCCGGGCCCUUCAAGAUUGUUGAACAGAUUGGUGAAUCAUACCGCCUUGCCCUGCCUGCCUCUAUGCGCAUAUUCGACGUAUUUCCUCCCGAAAAGCUCCGAUUGGCAGCGGAAGACCCACUUCCCGGCCAAGUUAAUCCCCCCGCUCCUCCAAUUAAUGUCACCGGAGAGGAAGAAUGGGAGGUGGAGGAGAUCUUAGCUUCGAAACUCAGGUACAAGAACAUUAUGUAUCAAGUUUCCUGGAAAGAUCAUCCGCUUGACCCUACUUGGUAUCCAGCAGAUGAUCUCAAAUACUCUCCACAUAAACUUAAGGAAUUCCACAUUGCCAACCCCAAUAAGGCUGGACCACCCAAGGCCUUGCCUCGAUGGAUUGAACGAUAUGACGCUGGAGACGACAACUACGACGAUGAAACGGGUGACAGACCUAUGAUGAAAAGCGCGAGGACUCGCUUUUUCAAAGGAGGGGGUAAUGUGACGGAAAUCCCUGCUUUCCUCCCACCUUUAUUAUAUAAGAAACCUCAGGUACAUUAA